GCCGAGGUCCUGGCCCGACUUCCUCUCAGCUCACUGGGGCAGAGAACGGGCGAGGCGUGGUGGUGACGUGUCGGGGCCCUCCCGGGCCUAACGGAGCGUCCACCCACGCUCUCCCGGGUCGAGGAGGCGCGCCGAGGCCUGAGGCUGGUUUGGGUGAUUUCUCUCGAAGGUCGAGACCGCUUCCAUUAGAGGCAGAUGCUCACAGACUGCAGCGUACUGUAAGGCGAUAUUACUUUAAUCAUCUUCCCAUCAAUAUUUAUGAAGUAGCCACAGGUGCCUCAUCCUUGAAUAGGAGUUGUACAUUUAUUGACCAAAUGAACAUCUGAUGCUUACCUUUUCCAGUACUCACCGAGCUUCCUUUAAAUUUUUAUUUUUAUGCUUAACAGGAACAUUUGAGUCAAUCCAUGGAUUCCUCUGGACAACCCAGACCAGAAGAUAACCAGUCAGUGGUCAGCAGAAUGCAGAAAAAAUACUGGAAAACAAAGCAGGUCUUUAUUAAAGCAACAGGGAAAAAGGAGGACGAGCAUGUGGUAGCCUCUGAUGCUGAACUGGAUGCUAAACUUGAGGUUUUUCACUCCAUUCAAGAGACAUGCACCGAACUUCUGAAGACAGUUGAAAAGUAUCAACUAAGACUCAAAGUUAUAUCAGGAGAAGAAAAUGAACUAGGGCUCUUUUUGAUGUUUCAAGCUGAACGGGAUGCAACACAAGCUGGCAAAAUGAUGGAUGCUACUGGCAAAGCACUCUGUUCUUCAGCCCAGCAAAGAUUGGCCCUGUGUACUCCUCUAUCUCGUCUAAAGCAAGAAGUAGCAACAUUCAGUCAAAGGGCAGUAUCUGAUACCUUGAUGACAAUUAACCGGAUGGAGCAGGCACGCACAGAAUACAGAGGCGCUUUGCUGUGGAUGAAAGAUGUAUCCCAAGAACUGGACCCAGAGACCUUAAAACAAAUGGAAAAAUUCAGAAAAGUACAGAUCCAAGUGAGAAAUAGCAAAGCUUCUUUUGACAAGUUAAAGAUGGAUGUUUGUCAGAAAGUGGAUUUACUUGGAGCUAGUCGCUGCAAUAUGUUAUCUCAUACACUCACUACCUACCAGAGAACACUCCUUGGAUUCUGGGAGAAAACAGCUCAAAUAAUGUCCCAAAUCGAUGGGACCUGUGUUGGCUUUCAUCCUUAUGGUUCGAUAGCUCUCAAGCAACAAGAAGACACUCCAAGCAAGCUUACUGAAGGCAACAAAGAAGAAAACAGUUUUGUUACCGAAAACCUCAAUAAGUUAGUUUUGUCAGAUGAGGAAAUAAGCUUGGAAAGUGAACCAGCAAUCAAAGACCAUAUGGAAAAGCAUUUUCAAAUGAGGGAAAUUGAAGCACUUCAGUUUUCUAACUCUGAAAAUGUUACGAAAGAUCUACCUGUAGAUUCCCUGGAAGAUUUUGAGAAGGAAUUCUUAUUUCUGAACAACCUCCUAAGUCCUGCAUCUUCAAAUACUAAUGAAUUUACUCAAGAAUGCCAGACUGCCUUUGGAAGCCCCAAGCCCUCUUUCACUUCCCAGGAACCUCCUGUGGGAUCUGAACCUCAUUCUUCUGGAUUCCUUCCUUCACAACUCUUUGACCUUGGCCUUCGUGCUGAUGGAGCUUUCAACAGCUGGGCCUCCCAAAGGGGAUUAGAACUUCCUCUUUCACACACUGACAACCAACUAGUGCCUUCACAAAGUCCAAAGAAAUUAACAAGAUCUCCCAAGAAUGGUAACCAAGACAUGUCAGCCUGGUUCAGUCUGUUUGCAGACUUGGAUCCACUUUCAAACCCAGAUGCUAUUGGACACUCAGAUGAUGAACUUCUUAAUGCUUAGCUGAAGUUAUAAUGUCACUUCAAUGGCCUUGAGACCACUUUUGCAACAUACACCUUUGUGAAAAGGAUUUUAUAUUUUAAUCCAUACAUAAAACAUCAUGUUUGCAAAUGUAACACUUGUCAACCAACAUUAGGCAGAUGGUAAGAAACCAUGAGUACAUUAAGUAUCUCUUUAUUAUCUUGGAUAUGCAGCUAUUCAUAAUAUAUGGAAAAUAUUAGAAACUACUGAGUCUGAAACAGAUGCCAAAAUUUAUUUCAACAUAAUAGCUACAAGUAAUUCUGUCAAUAAGAAAUUGGGUUUACUUAUUUGGGAAAUCUUUUAUGUAUAAGUUGCCUUGCUGGCUGAUAAUUUUCUAUGUGGAUAAAAGACACAGACAUUUGGUUGUGACUUGGGUUAGCUUUUUAAAUGUAACAGUGACUGAGGGAAUUUUCUGUUCUGGAAAGUAGCACUAGAACCAGAACUACUUUUGGUUUUCAUUGGAAAGGUAGAAUAACAUUUGAGAACUCAAUUUGCUUUAAUGAAAUCAAAGAGAAACUUGGUGCUUGUUUUCUCCACUUGUAGUAUUACUUAGUCUUUUUACUUUAAAAAAAAAUCACUGACAUCCCUCAUUUCCACUACUGAAUUUUCAUGGGGAAGUAUCAGGGUGAUUGAUUUAUUAAGUCCAUCUCUGUAAAAAUGGAAAACUUUUAUCCUAGCUCAUAAACAGUAAGACUGUCCUAUAAUAUUCAAGACAAUGUUCAGGGAUCUUCCAGCCCCGUUUUUCACAUUGCUACAGUAAUGUCUAGUAUUCAUAUUCUUCCUGAAAACAAGGGAGGACACGCCCUAAGCAACGGACAAUAAAUAGUAUUCCAGAAACUACCUGAAAAUUUCUACCUGAAUAUGGGGGGAAAAAAAAUUCUAAACACCAAUCCUUAUACAUACAUGUGUACUUACCCCGUAUUUCUUGGUAUGAUUUAACCCACGAUAUCUUCUGGCGAAGUUACAGAUAGCUCCACAUGGCUAAUAAGGGAGUGUCUCAUUUCUCUCUCUCUUCCUUUUCUGUAACCGACAUCUGUUGCUCUAUUUGACUGUGAAAGGAACUGUUCCUCUUGGACGGGUAUAAGUAGAGUGUAAGUACUUGGAAGAAGGGAAUUUAAUAGCAGCAAGUACAAGCUCACAAAAACACAGCCCCUGUGUACACACAUCAUGUACCUUUCCUGCACGUUCCCUUUAGGUUGGAGGCAGCUCUCUGGGUGGCUUUUGUCAUCCAGUCUAUUGGUUCUCUGAAAACAAGCACUUUAACCAAGUUGUUUACAUAGUUUUUGUGCACUCCUAAUUCUAAAUAAGCUUAUUUAUUAUUCGUGACUUGCUUAUAACAUCCAAGUCAUUGUAUAUAGAAAACAUAUUUUGUAGCAAUGGAGAACAGAUAAAAUGCCAUUAAUAUGGCAUAACUAUCUGAACUGGCCACAAAGUUCUCCAGAAAAUUCACUAUGGCUAAACAUUAUAUAGGCUGGAAAGACCUUAUCUGAAAGUCAGAAACAUGGAAUAAGGAAAAGAUUUUGAAGUCUUAAAUUUUUCACAUGCUUAUUCUAUAUUUUAUUUUUAAUAAGUUGUUACUUACCCCUCAUUAUUUUUUAACACUUCCUUUUUAUUUAUUGUAAUUUCCCAAAUAUAAUACUGCCCUCUGCCAAGAUUCAGUCACCAAGGAUUAAGAUGAAUCACAAUCUACAUCGUGUAUCUAUGGUGACUUUAUGCUCUUUUGAAUACCUGAAAAAUAACCUGAACUUUGUAUUGAGGUUAUGCCAUUUUUCCUCACUAAUUUUCUGUCACUAAUGCAUUAGUUCUAAGGUUUUUAUCUCCCUUGCAUUCAUGCAAAGCAGUACCUGUUUUCUUGUAUAAACAGAGACACCUCAAUGCAGAGGAAAACCAUUAGCCUUUCCAAGCUUGAAUCUCAGACUAUGAAUGUGAAGGGAUACUGUCCUCAAUUUUCCAAGAGCAGAGGUUCUCCAAAAAAUAGAACCACAUAGGUAUUUUUACCAUUCAGUUCCAAAAUUUUUUUCUUUCAACACAAAAGGUAGCUACCCGUUAAACCUGAAAGCAAGAUUAUCUGCACUUCGCAAGCCCAAUUGUAACAUCAGUGAGUCUAAUACAAUUUUGAAGAGUACCUUAAAAACUAUUAAAAGAAGGUAACCAUUCAUGUUUUUUCAAUAAUUUAGGGGCCAAAACAAAAAUCUAGCUACAUUACAGCAGGGUUACUAAUCUAGGAAGCCAACCAGAUAUUCAGAAGGGAGUAAAAGAAAAAAUAAACACAGAACAGAAAGGCAAUCAGUUGCUAUUUGUCUAACCAUUCAAUAAUCAACCAUUCAGUAACAAAGGUAGACUGCGAACAACUGUUGCAAAAUAAAUUGAUCCCUUUUUUAAAAUAUUAAAUGGGGGGAAAUACUGAUCUACUUUUUAAUAUGACCUAAUUCCUUUAACCUUAGCCCCAAAGGUACUAAAAUUUGCUAAUUUUUCUACAAUCACUUUACAAGAAAGCAGCAGGAAUACUAGGGCAUGUUAAGAUCAGACUAGCAUCACUUUGUACUUUGAAAUCAUUCCUCAGUUGUAAAACAUAGGGCUAGAGAUGACUAGAAACACUAUUUUAAAAAAUAGGUUUCAGUAUUUGCAAAAUGAAAGUGUUUGUGUUUCAACUAGAUAUUUCACAUAAGUAUCUUUAUAAAUUAAGUCUUAAAGCAGAAGAACAAAGGAAGUUUGAAAGUGCUCUAUUUUUCUGAGCCUCUUUUAAUAAAGAUUACUAAAUUGCAAAAAUAAGUGUGUUUCCUAAAUAUUCAAUAUAAAUCUAGUUGUUGUGUGUCCCUAUUUAGAAACUUGGGUUUUACAUCAUGGCCACAGUAAUAGGAAAAUAAAUUAACCACAAAAUGAAAAUAAAACUAGGAAAUUAAUAUCUUUGUGAAACUAUUCUUUCCACUUCAUGUAGGACUUGUAAGACAUGGGAAAUAACAGAAUCCUAAAAUAUCAAAAUGAGGUCUAGAAGUAAUAAUCAGUAAAAUAUAUGAAACAAACCUGAUUUGUUGAAGGCAAGAAUUAAAAAAAAGCCAGAAUUGACCCAGUGUUCUGUUUUUCAUAGGAUUGCUGUGGCCCUGCACUUCCUUACCUUGAGCAGUGAAACAGCCCUAGAAUGCUGUGAUAUAGAGUAGGAAAGAAGUACAAACUUUAAAAUAUUAACUAGUUCAGCAGUACUUAAAGUAAUGAAUUUAAAACAUAUAGUGGCAAGGGUUGUUUUUUUUUUAAUGUAGAAGAACUGGAGUACAGGCCAGA